AAGAGCUGGAUGGUGAGUGUUGAGCAGGACUGAGAUUUUUGGGUGGUGGCUGCUGAGACUUUAACUGUUUUGUUUUGUAGAUUUUAACUGUAAUGCGAGUUAUAAACUCGGGUUAUAAAGUUCACUGUUAGUUUUGAUAAGUUUAGCUGUUUUAUAUUGAUUAUUUCUUGUGUUAAACCCUGAGUAAGUCAGUAGAAGAAACCCGGUGAGAAAUGCAGGCCAUAAAGUGUGUGGUGGUGGGAGACGGGGCGGUGGGUAAAACAUGUCUUCUGAUCAGCUACACCACCAACGCGUUUCCUGGAGAGUACAUCCCCACCGUGUUCGAUAACUACUCCGCUAACGUGAUGGUGGACGGGAAGCCGGUGAACCUCGGCCUGUGGGACACGGCGGGUCAGGAGGACUACGACCGACUCCGCCCGCUGUCCUACCCACAAACGGAUGUUUUCCUGAUUUGCUUCUCUCUCGUGAGUCCGGCUUCGUUCGAGAACGUCCGUGCUAAGUGGUAUCCUGAGGUCAGACAUCACUGCCCCAACACCCCCAUCAUCCUGGUGGGGACUAAGCUGGACUUGAGAGACGACAAGGAGACUAUUGAGAAGCUGAAAGAAAAGAAACUCACCCCCAUCACUUACCCACAAGGCCUUGCUAUGGCUAAAGAAAUCGGCGCUGUGAAGUACCUGGAGUGCUCGGCUUUAACUCAGCGCGGCCUGAAGACGGUGUUUGAUGAAGCCAUCCGUGCAGUUCUCUGCCCACCGCCGGUCAAAAAGCCCAAGAGGAAGUGCGUCGUGCUCUGAAGCGUCCGCGCCGAGGACCGGCCGUCGUCUGAGCCGGCGAGAGUCAGGACCGUCAGACAGGACGCACCAGGAGGAGGAGGAGGAGGAAGGACUAAAAUCUACCUGUGAUCUGUCUCUGUAUUGUAAUUAGAUUUAGUUUUUUUAUUGUGACGGACUAUCUGGGCGUCCUGGGGUGAGAUGGGGGGUGAGACGGGGGUGAUCGUGUUCCUUUACACUAAUAAAUUCCUGCUGCCUUUUAAUCAUGUACUUUUAUUAUUUUUAGUAAACAAAAUAUAUUUUUUCUUUCACCUGAACUUUAGACUUUUGUUUAUCUGUGAUUUGUAUCAGAAAUAAAAACCUGGACCUGUAAUUUAACUCUAAACUUUUACUGAAUCUCAGAUAUUGCCAUGAAUUUUUUUGUUUGCUUGUUGUUUUGGGUGGAAGAGUUGUCUCAUCAGGUUUAUUCCAGUGAAUCAUUCCUUUUUUAAUUUGCUUUCUAUGGUUGUACAUUGAAAUAAAUAUGCUUUGUCCA